GCACUGAAAGUUAUAGAGGAGGCACUGCCACCGAUAACCCGGCAGGCAAGAGAAAUUUAGGCGGCUAUGUUUUGAUAGAACAGCCCAAAGGUUCAGUUAGGUGUUCUGUGGCUCAGUUUCCGUUCUCUAAUCUGGUAGGUAUUCUGUGGUUGGAAUGUGUGAUGCGCCCUCCAAGAUGUAUACGACACUGACACAUUCUUAUUGAACGGGGGCAUAAAAGCUUCGUCUAGUUUUCAAGAUUAUCAUUUUUUAUAGUCGCGAGAGUGACGAGUUGUGUGCAAGCUCGCUUUUCGUUGACAUUCAAGAUGUGAACAGUUGGCCUUGUGACAUGCGAGAAACUUUCGGCCACGGCAGGGGACACCUAUACCACUGUGUUUAGACGAGCGACUUCUCGGCGUUCAAGAUGCCGACGGUGAUCCUGCUGGACGUGUCGCUGUCUAUGUGUCGACCCGUGACGACAUCCGACAGCGCGGAGUCGCUACAACUGCGGCAACUGGCAGUGCACGGCAUCAAUGCCUUCCUCGAUCAUAUGGCACAGCAUUGUAAACUAGAAUUUUGUGCAAUGGUGGUGUUCUCGUCACUUUGGGAACUGAUGGUGCCAUUCACACGUGACACGGAGAGCAUCAAGGCAACCUUAGCGCAGAUGGAAUGCCAUGACCGCACCGAUCUGAACCUUGGCUUGCAAGGAGCGCGGCAAGUGCUUCUUGACGAAUGGGGAUCUGCAAUGCCAUCGCAGGUGAUCCUGGUCACUGAUGGUGCCCUUGGUGGCUGGCGGGGCUGUGAAGAUGGUGGCCCAGGACGGCUGCAUGUUGUUUGCCUGCACCCAACAAAUGGGGCGCCACCACCAGCUCUGAGCCCGCUGGGACGCCUGGCUCAGCGAACCGGUGGUCGUUUGUUCGUUCCUGAAGGGGGCCUGUCAAUUCGCAGCGUGCAGCAAGCCUUCCUCAAUCUUGCACAGGCACAGUAUGCACCUUUUCACGGUGUGUUGCGCUGUGGCCAGCUCUGGUCGAGCGUCAGCCUCUGUCCACCACCAGAACCACACAAGAGGCCACAGGAUUUCAGCUGGGUUCAGCCGUCAACUACUAUCCAGGUUUGUGGCUUUCUUGGGCUGCAACACGUGGCCAACCCACCAACUCUGUCCCGUCACUUGGUGCUUCCAGCACCUGGUCCUGAAGAUAUGACCCGGUCCACAGAGCCCAAGGAAGGACGCACCAUUGAAGAAGAGGAGGACAACGAUGAAGGCAAGCAACCAUCGUUCUGUGUCUUGCUGCACGGGAGCCUCAAGGUUGAAGGCAUGGUGGCCCUCUGCCAGAUCGGACCGGACUGGUACGGCAUGCUCUACUCCUGGGCUGACAGCAAGAAGAAGUCCAAUCUCAUGCUGUCUACCUUUGAGCCAGGGAUUGAGGCAGUGCCGUGGCUUGGAAAGUUGGACCACCUGGGACCACAAGCACUGGCACCGUCGGGCAACGAGACACUUCCCGUGAAAUCAAAUGAAAAGCACAGCUACUCGCACAACUCAGUCGUAUGGAUCCGCCAGUCUGACCUGCAGGCAGACAUCCAGAAGAUCCUUCGGCACGCCAGAAAGCUGCCAGAGAAGACGCCAAACUUUUACAAGGAACUGAACCGACUGCGGCGCGCUGCACUCUCGCUCGGAUUCCACGAGCUUCUGGAAGGCAUGGCCACCAUUCUUGAGCGAGAGUGCACACUGCUGCCGGGCUCGGCUCAUCCGGAUGCUGCCUUGCAGUUGAGCCAUGCGUCAUCAUUUUUGAGGGGCCCCAGCUGCAAGGAUUACACCGCUGCAUUGACACCGCUGCGAACCAAGUUUUCAUCUCAAGACUGACGAUUGGAAGAGCACUUUCAAUCACAGCUGAAACCACUAUCCAUCUGUUACCUCUCUCAGCAAAACUGGCACGAGCCAUUUGCUUCAGCGUUGAUUGGAAGUAUAUGUUUGUGACACAGGUACAAUAUCUAGUACAGCACAGUUCGUGUGAAAUGGAUGCAAAUAAAUAAAGCAUUGUUUAUAGAAAUCGCCA